AUGUUUGAUUUUCUGGAUCGUCUCCAUCUCAACUGUGAACUCGCGCUCCCCUUGCCACCUGACGUGGAUCGGUUUCUUGAUCGUGACCACACUCCCGUCGGCGAACAUGACUUUUUAGAGAGGCUUCUCGAAUGCGGCAAGGUUUAUGUUGAGGGCUUCACGGGCGCUUACUUUCUAGCCGCCGCUAUAUGGGCCCGAGUGGGCCUCCACGUAGGCCUCGAGGGCGGCCUUUUUCUUCUUCCGCCGCCUCUUACGGGCCUCAACUGCAACAAGGAUCACCCCAAAUACGCACAAGAGCGAAAAGAGAAUGCCCAUUACCACACUUCGUGCAGAGGAUGUCUGUCGACGGUGCGAAUGCCAGGUGGGCCCACAGAGCGGAACUCGUCUGUGAAUACCGGCCAUGUAAGCAUCGGCACCCCUACGCCGUCCCUCGAGCAUUUAAUUCCACUCGUAGUUCAUCACGAACCCCCCAACGCUCGGGUAGGAGAGUACGAUCACCUGCGCGGGAGCCACCUGUGGAUCACGAGUCCACGACACAAGCUCGAGCUCCUCGUCCGACACGCUGCUCCUCACGACCCACACGAAAGGUCGGCCCAACGCCUCAAGGCUCAAGUUGAGCUCCUCUUAACGAAGUGGGUUUUAACUGGCUGA